CGCCAGGAGUCCCCCAGCCUCAUCCGCUCAACGCCGGGAGAAAAAACCUAAAAGAGAAUCAAGAACUGUGAGAGAGAGAGAAGGAGAGAGAGAGAGAGAGAAGCAGUCGGAGGAGAAAGGGAGAAAAAAGGGGAAAAGAGAAAGAGAAAAAGAGAGAGAGAGAAAGAAAAAAAUAAAUACCCCUGGAUGAACGUGAAGUUAGAGACAAAAGUUUCAUUCAAGAUUUUCACUCGGAGAAGAAGAACGGACAUCCUAACUUAGCGUGGAGGAACCCCCCACCCCUCCUCCUCCAGGACCAUCCAGGGACCAUCUCACCCCUCAGAGGACUCCCCUGAGGGCCGUCCUUCACAGACCAGCCCUCUCCAGCCCGCCCUCCUCUCCCCCAGUGUCACCGCCCCAGGCUCACCCUGCCCCAGUACCUGGUCACUACUUGUUCGAUCACCAGACGACCAACUCACCUGUCUGUCGACUUCUUAACGCCCGAACCAGCUGGCUGACUUAGAAGGUCGCCAGUUGAGCCACCUGGGGAGCUCUGCCAUCUGUAGCAGACUCCCACAAGCUUUGAGCCACUAUCCUGCUACUUAGAAAUCAACUGCUACUACCGGUGCUACAUAAGAAACAAACUGAACUUUCUUGUCAUUGGUUCACCCCCUUAUAGGUCCCUGUGAAUCUCCAGAGAUACCUGUGAGUCUCCAGAGAUACCUGUGAGUCUCCAAAGAUACCUGUGAGUCUCCAGAGAUACCUGUGAGUUUCCAGAGUUACCUGUGAGUCUCUAGAGAUACCUGUGAGUCUCCAGAGAUACCUGUCAGUCUCCAGAGAUAUCUGUGAGUCUCCAGAGAUAUCUGUGAGUCUCCAGAGAUACCUGUGAGUUUCCAGAGUUACCUGUGAGUCUCUAGAGAUACCUGUGAGUCUCCAGAGAUACCUGUCAGUCUCCAGAGAUAUCUGUGAGUCUCCAGAGAUAUCUGUGAGUCUCCAGAGUUACCUGUGAGUCUCCAGAGAUACCUGUGAGUCUCCAGAGUUACCUGUGAGUCUCCAGAGAUACCUGUGAGUCUCCAGAGAUACCUGUGAGUCUCCAGAGAUACCUGUGAGUCUCCAGAGUUACCUGUGAGUCUCCAGAGUUACCUGUGAGUCUCCAGAGAUACCUGUGAGUCUCCAGAGAUACCUGUGAGUCUCCAGAGUUGCCUGUGAGUCUCCAGUGUUACCUGAAUAGCACAGUAGCUCGGCACCACCGAACAAACAAACGAACUGUAAGACUUGUGUCCAUCAAACUGCAAUGUCUGACUUUGAUAUCGACAGAGUGAAUGGAAACGCGACCCGGAGUAAACAUAGCGUUGCUCUCACCGUGUAACGCUGAUAGUUUACACGAGCCGUCGGCCCUGUUUCCCCCGUAGCUCUGAAAUUCCAAGGAAAACGAGAGAGAUUGAAGCAAGUGUUUCAUCGUCUCACUCAGCGUAAACUCAGAAAUCCCACAUUUAACCCAAAAGACUUGUGGUCACUUAUCACCGUGACGAUCACUCCUGUACAGUACAGCACAACAGUGUCUGCUCGAGGACUAACACGAGCUGAACGGGCUCGAGUCCCUUCUCAGCCUUGCCGUGUCACUUGUACGUGAAUGAAACACUGACCGUCGUACGGGUCCCUCCCACCCCAGCCGUACGUGUCCCCAUCCGUACGUGUCCCCAGCCGUACGAAUCCCCCAGCUGUACGUGCCCCAAAGCCGUACGUGUGCUCUGUAUGCGCGUCGAACUCCACCACAACACCUCCAUUCGUCUUCAGGCCAGGCAGAGCGACGCCAAUCGUUCUGACGCGCCUCUAAACACCGGGAAUCACGCCCAGUCUAGCCAGAUACCCCCUGGAGGCCAAUGUCACCUACCAGACGGCCUCCCAAGUCACCUACCACCCAGUGCAGGUGACCCCACCUGCACGCGCCACCUACCACCCAACGCAGGUGAUCAGGUCGGCCAGGUCCCCACACUACCUUGAUCAGCAGGUGAACUCCGCCACCCCCCACGCCUAUCAGGACUCGGAGCUACAAGCGACCACCUCCACCACCAGCGAGAUGAGUCGUAAGCCUAGCAAGAGGUCCGCAGCGGCCAAGUUUGUGUACGUCACACCCCCGGCGCCUCAGCACUGUACACAGGUGCUGGCCACUCUGGUUGUGUCGCUGGGGCCUCUGUGUGCCGGGCUGGGUAAGGGCUACUCCUCCCCCGCCCUCGCCUCCAUGGCCAUGUUGUCAGCCCAGGGUCACCACUUCUCCAUCAGUGAGGACCAGGGCUCGUGGAUCGCCUCACUGUCACUCCUCGGCGCCUUCUUCGGAGCUGUUCCGGGCGGUAUGGCCAUCAAGUUUGGGAGGAAGCGGGUACUUUGUGGUGUGGCGAUACCCUUCGCCCUGUCGUGGCUGAUGACGGUGGUGGCGUGGAACGUCAACAUGCUGUAUGUUGCAGCACUGAUGGGUGGUGUCUGCUCCGCCGUCAUCGCCGUCGUCACGCCCGUCUACAUCAGCGAGAUCGCUCACCCCGAGAUCCGGGGCUGCUUGUGUGCCUUAGCCAAGAUGAGCAGCAACAUUGGGAUGCUGCUCUCCUAUCUUUUAGGCGCUUUCCUCAACUGGCGGGAACUAGCCACAGUCACAGCAGUGGCGCCCGUCUGCCUAUUCCUCGCCGCACUCUUCAUCCCAGAAACGCCCAGCUUCCUGCUGUAUCGAGGUCGGGACACUGAGGCGGCUAACGCGCUGCGCUGGCUGCGUGGGUCAGAAACGGACGUGGCGCGAGAGUUGACUACCAUGAAGGCCAACAUCGCCACUCUGCGCCGCGACACAGAUUCCUGCCCGCAGCGUACACCGCCCCGUGAGCUCCUCCGUCCGCUCUUCAUCACCUGCGGCCUCAUGGUCUUCCAGAAGUUCAGCGGCGCCAACGCCUUCAACUUCUAUGCAGUGCCCAUAUUGGCCAAGACUUUUGUCGGCCUGAACCCUUAUCGCGCAGCAGUCGUGGUAGCCUUCGUGCAAAUCUGUGCUGGGAUGGCGUCCUCGGCACUGAUCGACACUGUUGGGCGUCGGCCGCUGCUCGUCUUCAGUAACAUGCUCAUGUCCGCGGCACUGGCAGCCUUUGGAGGCUACAUGUACCUGAAGGGUCUUGACCAGAACGAGAACAUGCUCGCCAGACAGAAGUGGCGGGACUCAGACUGGGUUCCGCUCUUCUGUAUACUCGUCAUCGAGAUCGCCUUCGCCCUCGGUGUCUCGCCCAUCAGCUGGCUCUAUAUCGGCGAACUAUUCCCACUGAAACACCGAGGCCUUGGGUCUGUGGCAGCGUCUGUGAGCUACGCCUGCUCCUUCGUGAGCGUGAAGACCUUCGUGGAUCUUGAGUUCUUGCUCGGUCUAUAUGGAGCAUUCUGGCUGUACUCCAGCGUCGCAGCUCUUGCACUUAUCUUCACGCUCAUAUUUGUGCCUGAGACCAAAGGUAAGAGCUUACAGGAGAUGCAGACAGUCGAUCUACAGAAGGAGACGCUCAUAUAGCAGCCAGCCCGCCCACUAGCGCCCCUGCGACCACCCACCGUCCACUGGGAGAUGCCUCCUGGACAGCGCCCCUACAGAGAGAUCCUCCUGUAGGUGCUGCUGUGGGAGCCCAGAGCCCCGGACCCGCGGCGCCGCCCCCGUCUUCCCGCUACUGGUGGUCCUCCACCCAACUUGCGGCGCCGCAGUGGCCCGGGAGCCGCCAAGGCCGCAGCCACGCUAGAGGGCGGUCCUGCCCACCUUGUGAUAACCCACGCCCGUGCUGUCUUAUUAUUCCCUCACAAGAGUAUUACUUUUGUCGUCAUCUUGGUGAAUAAAAUGUGGCGCGAAUGGACUCACGUGCCCGAGGACAUGUUACAGGACAUUACUCAGCAGUGACUCAUGAAUAGGUUCAAAAACUCUUUUUCCGCCAUGUAUUUUUCAUCUUUCUUUCGGAAAAGGCUUUGAUAUAUUGUUAAAUAACUUCUUGAGUCUUUCUGUGAUGCGAGGCAACUUAAGCUUCCUCUCACUCCAUGAAAAGAUAAACUCAAGGAGGCGAAGCUGUCUUGGGGAUGUAAGCAUGCACGUGAUAAAGAGCCUUAUAUAUAUUAUAUAUCCAUAGAUAGUUACAUGAUCAGGGUUAAUCGAGUUUCAUCUUUUUACAUGUAAACAAGAUUUUCAGUUUCAAUCAACAUUGUUGCUGAAUCUAGUCAUUACUGAUGUCUCUAUGGACUUAUCUCGUUCUCAGUCGCUUCCUUUACACUCUUUAAACUUUUCUGGAAGAGAAUUAAAGACUGAGAUAUUAGUUACUACGUUAGGAAUUUGCAUCACUCUUGUAAUUAAUCCAUAUAGACUUUAAGGGUAGAUCAGGUAAUAAAUGAUUAAAAGCUAGACUCAUACAUUAUCUCCAGACAGAUGCUAAUCCAUUUCUAGUUCAAAGUUAGUUUACAGGCAGUGACUAAUCUGUUUCCAGCUUUAAAAAGAGUUAGUGCAGAAUAUUACAAAAACCAGACGUAGUGUUUCAGUUAGUUCAGAGAAUUGAACAACCUAAAUAAACUUGUCUUGUAAAUUGCAGUUUUGUAAAGACUCA